AUCUCUCCACACAUCAUCAAUUUUUUCAUAUUUUUUUUAUAGUUAAGUUAUUUUCAUAUAAUUGUAAAAAACAUUAAAAUAAGUGCACAAAAUUUAGCCGAAAAGUAUUAAAUAUGGAUAUUUUGGAUAUUGAUGAAAUCGAAGACGAUUUUGGAAUAUUUGAAGAAAAAAUACAAGAUGAUGUUACAAAUAUAUUGAGACAAUGGAAAAUAGGCAGUAAUAAAAAAGAUGCCUUUGAUAGUAGAACAUUUACACGACCCAAGGGAUCUGUAAUACGAAAUUCCAUUGAUGGAUCACAAAUAAAGAGUCCUCACAUUCAAGAAAAUCAAAGUGGGAUGUGUAUGAAAAUUGGUGGUCUGGUAUCAAACAUUCAAAAAAGUUUUUUAAAUGAUGUAUCUCCGCCUAAUUCAAUAUGUUCUUCCAUGAAUUUAGAAAGUGAAACUAUGGCAAACAGUUUAAUAACAAGUGCUGAUUUUUCUAACAUAAGUUUUUUUAAAACAUCUCUUAUCGAUUCAAAUAUAGAUUUUGCUUUUAAAAAUAACUUAAAACAAUACAAUAAUAUUGAAAAUGAGUGUAGAUUUAAGCUCGAAAAAAAUAUUCCAAACGAUUUUUAUAAUGAUACAACAAUGAAAUCGUCUGUUUCAAAAGAUAAUCAAAAAAAUUAUAAAAGCGAAAAAACUGACAUAGAGGAAAAUAUUAAUUUAUUAACUGACAGCACAAAAGAAAACUCACCUAAUUGUCCUGAGAUAGACAAUAGUGGGAGCAGUUUUCAAAAUAAUACUCAAAUAAUGUCAAAUACAUUCAAAAAACGAAAUUCUACUAUUUAUGAUAACUCUGUAAAUAUUUUAAAAGAAAGCGAACCAGAUGAAAGAUCUGCAGAUAUAAAUAAGACAUUUUUAAGAAAAUCAAAAGCUGAACUUCAAUUUAACUCAACUUUUGAAGUUGAUAUAAAUAUCCCAGUAAAAAAUACUUCAACUCCACAAAAAGCGAUCGUAAAUGAAAUAGAUAAUAAUGUCGAUUUCUCUCCUAUAACACCUUUUAUUAAAAAUGAAAAGUUAAAAAAAGAAAUAAAUGAAGAAGAAUUAUCGCCAAAUGAAAACAUAUUUGAUAUUCCUUUGGAAAUUCAAAAAGAAAUCGAACAGUCGCCGCGAAAUAAUAGCAAUCAAAGACCUGUAGAGAAUAGUUUUGAAAAUGAUAACCUAGAUAUUGAUGAAUUCACAGAUUUGUCUGAUAAAGUCGAUAACUUCAGAGAAGAUGCUAUGAAAAAAUCCCUAGAAUCUAUUAAAAAACGUUAUUCACACAAAUUUGAUAAAGUGGUAAGUGUUUCUGAAAAACCAAUGCAAAAAUUCGGCAAUCCAUUUCCAGAAAAUGGUCGUUUGUUAUCUAGAAGAUCACGGUUGAACGACGAUUUAACUUUGUAUCAAAAUAUCAAAAACGAAUCAGAAAAUAAUAACCAAAUUAUUGAAAACGAAAAAAAAUCAAAAAAUGAUUUAACGUUUGUUAAAUCAAAUGUUUCUGAAAAUAUUGCCGAAGAUAUUGGAGGUAAAAAUCAAAUAGUUAAUGAAUCAAAUGAUGAAAAAGAUGUAGAUACAAAGAAAAAAAAUGAAACAAAACGUUGUCGGAAUGAGGAUCGUUUUAAAACCAUAAAAAUAAAUAAACCUCUUAUAGAUCAAUACAAAGGAGAAAUUUUGGAAUCAAAUGAGACUGAACAUUAUAAUCCAACGGCUUUUGGAAAAAUUGAUAAAAAUUCUAAAAUUUCAAGUUUUGAAAACGAACCAUUGAAAUUCGAAGAUAAAUAUAACCCAAAAAUAAGAGAUCCACAAGGUCAGGCAACCAUAAAAAAUUUAAAAUAUGAACGUAUUUCGAAAAUUGAAAAUUUGGGAAAAGCAAUAUCUGCAUCGAAUUUAGAAAGUACAGCCAAAUCAGAACAGAAUGCAAAUUUUAAAUUCGCUGUACCUGCACCAGUUAAACAAAUAAAAAGUCCCAUGGGCACCAAAGCAAAAUCUUUUCAUAACUUGGCAAGCAACAAUUUUGGUUUUGGAGUAAGAAAGCAAUCUUUGCAAAUUCAACCGAAAACGCAAGAAAACAAUUUUUCAUCAACAUUUCAAGCAACAAACGUAAAGAACAAUCCGUCAAAAAAUAAUGAAUCUUGUUUAAAAGCAACACCAAUGUUACGGCCUAUAAACAUCCAAAAGAAAAGUGGUUUAUUACGACCAUCUUCAGGUUAUUUUAGUAAGGGAGUUUCAACAGAGUUAAACGCCCUACAAACAACGUUUAUAAAAGAUAGUGAAAAAAUUGUCAAAAUUGAUUCCAAUUGCUCAAAUAUUAAUAACUUUAAUUCUGACCCAGCGACAAAUGAGGAAAUAAAUGCUACAGUCAAAACGAAGUCAUCUAAACUUGUUAAACCAACUGAAUCAAAGCUUGUUACCAAUAUAAAAAGAAGUGGGCUCCCUAGACCAUCAUUGCAUUACAGGAAACAGUUGUAGAUAAUUUUUCAUUAUUUUUAGUACUAAUUAUAACUUAAGCAUUUAUUUUGUAUGUAUAUAGAAAAAUUGGUGUUAUAAUUUUAAAAAGUAAUUCUAGCUUUUGUUAUACAAAACAAUUUAUAUCAUCAGGAAUAACCUUAAAGAUGCCUUAUUAAUAAAAAUCUUAGUAAAAAU